AUGGCCAAGUUCUCGACCACCGUGACGAGCUCCCGGCGGAAGUGCCGCAAGGCGCACUUCACCGCCCCGUCGAGCGUGCGGCGGAAGUUGAUGAGCGCACCUCUGUCCACCGAGCUGCGCGCCAAGCACAGCGUCCGAUCGGUCCCCAUCAGGAAGGACGACGAGGUGACCGUGGUGCGCGGCACCUUCAAGGGUCGCGAGGGCAAGGUGGUGCAGGUUUACCGUAAGAAGUGGGUGAUCCACGUCGAGCGCCUGACCCGCGAGAAGGUGAACGGAGCCACUGUCAACGUCGGCGUGGACCCCUCCAAGGUGGUCAUCACCAAGCUGAAGCUCGAUAACGACCGCAAGGCCCUGCUUGAGCGCAAGAAGGGCGGCCGGGCGGACAAGGGCAAGUUCACCGCCGAGGAGGUUACCGCCAUGGAGAACGUCGACUAG